AUGGCCGUUUUUGACACUCCUGAGGAGGCCUUUGGCAUCUUACGUCCCAUCUGUGUUCGGCUGACAAAAGCCCAGACGGUGGAGAACGUGGAGCAGCUGCAGGCACAGUUGCGGACUGUGAGUGACUCGGCCCUGCAGGAGCUCCAGCAGUACAUCCUCUUCCCUUUGCGGUUUGCCCUGAAGACCCCAGGUCCCAAAAGGGAACGCUUGAUCCAAAGCGUGGUGGAGUGCCUCACAUUUGUCCUCUCCUCGACAUGUGUGAAGGAACAGGAGCUUCUCCAGGAACUCUUCUCAGAGCUCUCCACCUGUCUGUACUCCCCCAGCUCCCAAAAGCCCGCCGCUGUGUCAGAGGAGUUGAAAUUGGCGGUAAUCCAGGGCCUUAGCACUUUAAUGCACUCGGCCUACGGGGACAUCAUCCUGACUUUUUAUGAGCCCUCCAUUCUGCCUCGUUUAGGAUUUGCUGUAUCUUUGCUGUUAGGCCUAGCAGAACAGGAGAAGUCAAAGCAAAUCAAAAUCGCUGCCUUAAAGUGUUUACAGGUUCUCCUCUUGCAGUGCGAUUGUGACGACCAUCCGAGGUCCUUGGAUGAGCUGGAGCAAAAGCAGCUGGGGGAUUUGUUUGCUUCCUUUUUACCUGGAAUCUCAACAGCCCUGACCAGGGUCAUCACAGGAGACUUUAAACAAGGGCACAGCAUUGUCGUAUCUUCCCUGAAGAUCUUUUACAGGACAGUGGGCUUUAUCAUGGCUGACAAACAGCUCAGAAGCAUCUCAGAGGUCCAAGCAAGGCCCGUGGUGGAGGACAGAGUAGCAAAGCUGAUGGUUCACAGGGAAGCCGAUUGGGUAAAAAAUACCGGCGACAAGUUGGCUAUUCUUAUUAAGAAGAUCAUUGAGUGCGCUUCAGUUCACCCACACUGGAAGGUGAGGCUGGAGCUGAUAGAACUUGUGGAGGCCCUCCUUUGGAAGUGUAGUCAGUCCCUGGUCCAAUCGGCUGGACCCCUUCUGAAGGCUUUGGUGGGUCUAUUAAAUGACGAGAGUCCUGAAGUCCAAGCCCAGUGCAAUAAGGUUCUGAGACAUUUUGCAGAUCAGAAAGUAGUAGUGGGCAGCAGAGCCUUCGCUGACAUCUUGUCAGAAAACCUGCAUUCCCUCGCCACCUCUCUUCCCCGCCUAAUGAACUCCCAAGAUGAUCAGGGCAAAUUCUCUACCCUUUCCUUAUUGCUCGGUUACCUGAAACUCUUGGGCCCCAAAGUGAACUUUGUCCUCAACUCUGUGGCCCACCUCCAGCGCCUAUCCAAAGCGCUUAUCCAAGUUCUAGAAUUAGACGUGGCUGACAUCAAAAUUGUGGAAGAGCGGCGUUGGAAUUCCGAUCAUCUGAGUGCUUCCCCGAAGACGGCCACAAGGCCGUGGAGUCAGAUUCAGAGGAGAUACUUCCGCUUCUUUACUGACGAGAGGAUUUUCCUGCUCUUGCAGCAGGUCUGUCAGCUUCUUGGUUUUUAUGGGAACCUCCAUUUGCUCGUGGAUCACUUCAUGGACCUGUACCACGAAUCCGUGGUUUACCGAAAGCAAGCCGCCAUGAUCCUUAAUGAACUGGUUGCAGGGGCUGCUGGGCUGGAAGUGGAAAAUCUUCAUGAAAAACAUAUUAAAACAAGCCCAGAGGAGCUGAGAGAGAUUGUGACGUCUCUACUUGAAGAAUACACGAGCCAAGAAAACUGGUAUUUGGCCACUUGUGUUGAAGCUGAAGAAAUGGGAGAGGAGCUAACUAUGAAGCAGUCGGGCCUCCAGGCCAUCACAUCUGGUACACACACCUGCCAAGUUGCAUCUUUUCCAGCCUUCUCAAAGCCAAGUCCCACUAUCUGCUCCAUGAACAGCAACAUCUGGCAAAUAUGCAUCCAGUUGGAGGGGAUCGGCCACUUUGCAUAUGCACUAGGAACAGACUUCCGUUUGCUCUUGAUGUCAGCCCUCUAUCCAGUCCUGGAGAAGGCUGGAGACCAAACCCUGCUCAUUAGCCAGGCCGCUACCAGUGCCAUGAUGGACAUUUGCCAUGCUUGUGGCUACGACUCCCUGCAGCAACUGAUCAACCAAAAUUCAGACUAUUUGGUGAAUGGGAUCUCUUUAAAUCUGCGUCAUCUGUCUCUGCACCCCCAUACCCCAAAGGUCUUGGAAGUCAUGCUGAGGAACUCUGAUGCUAGCCUGCUUCCCUUGGUGGCAGAUGUGGUUCAAGAUGUCUUGGCCACCCUGGACCAAUUUUACGAUAAGAGGGCCACUUCCUUUGUCAGUGUUCUACACGCUCUGCUGGCAGCAUUAGCCCAGUGGUUCCCAGAUACAAGUGAUCUUGGGCAACUCCAAGAGCAAAGUACAGGGGAGGAGGGAAGUCAUUUGAGCCAAAGAACAACAGCUCUUCAGGACAGACUUGAGAACAUCACCACAGCCGAAGACAUUGAACAGUUUUUGCUGAACUACCUCAAAGAAAAGGAUGUGGCAGAUGGAAAUGUCUCGGAGUUUGAUGAGGAAGAGGAGCAGUCAGACCCUCCCAAAGUGGACGAGAAUGACACCGGUCCCCAUGUGGAGCCCCCACUGCCAUUGCAGAUCCAAAUAGCCACCGAUGUGAUGGAGCGCUGCAUCCACUUGUUGUCAGAUAAAAGCCUGAAAAUCCGCUUGAAGGUCCUGGAUGUGCUGGAUCUGUGUGUGGUCGUUCUGCAGUCCCACCGGAACCAGCUCCUCCCUUUGGCUCACCGGGCCUGGCCCCCACUCGUACGCCGACUCACAAAGGAUGACCCCCUGGCAGUGCUCAGAGCCUUCAAGGUUUUGCGCACCCUCGGAGGCAAAUGUGGUGAUUUUCUCCGGAGCCGGUUCUGCAAAGAUGUCCUACCAAAGCUGGCUGGCUCCUUAGUCGCCCAGGCUCCCGUCAGUGCCCGGGCCGGACCAGUUUACUCCCACACACUGGCCUUCAAGCUGCAGCUGGCCGUCUUGCAGGGCCUGGGCCCUCUCUGCGAGAGACUGGACCUAGGUGAGGGUGACCUGAAUAAAGUGGCUGAUGCCUGCCUGAUUUACCUCAGCGCCAAACAGCCCGUGAAAUUACAAGAGGCUGCCAGAAGGGUUUUCUCCCACUUGAUGAAGGUCGACCCGGACUGCACCUGGUUCCUCCUGAAUGAACUCUACUGCCCCGAGCAGCUCACACCCCCCCAUCCUGCCCUCCACCCUGUGCAGCUGCGGGGGGGGCCGGGGCCGCAGAACCCCUACACGGCCAACGUGCUCCUCCUGCUGCGGGAGCUGAGAGGAGCACCCCCCUGCCCACAACAGGGGGACCCCACCCUGGCCAGAGGCCAUGGCAACAGCCGAGAAGACGGCAAGGUGGAUUAG